AAUGAAAAUAUUGUAAAAUUAAUGCAUUAAACGUCAAUUUGUUUGUUGUCGUUCACAAGAAACACAAUAAUAACAACUUGAUACGUUCAUAUUAAUAGCAAGUAGAUACAUAAAUAUUCUAUUGUGAGUUAAACAUGUCAAAGCGAAGUUGUUACGUGAAAAGUUUCGAUUCAAUACUAUUUCUGGGCGCAUUCAUCGGCGUCUCGCAAUUUUCGCUCGCCAAUUCAAAAUGUCUGAGCCGAUUCAGUUCGAUUCUAUUCAUACCCUUUCUGGCGUCAUUUAUCUACUUGAGUUUGGCCAGUUACCACUUCAACACCAGCGAAAUGCUGCAGGAGGAAGUGGUGAUUCUGUCGUACGGCAUCUGGACUGUAUUCUGCGUCAAUUUGCUCGCAACGCUGAGCAGAUUUCCCUAUUAUUUCGCUGUGCGUUGCCUCUUCAAGCGCGUAAUUCUAGACGUGAAUGAAAUCAAUAAGCGGCUCCGCAUGCAACCGAAAUACACGAAGAAUACGUUGAAAAUGUGGAUGGUUUUCUUCGUUUUUACCAGCGCCAAUGCAAUGGUGCGAUGGUGUGCCGAUAUGCAUUGGUCCAUCAAAUUGGCUAUCUUCGCUGGGAAUUUGAUGUAUUAUUGUGAGAACAUGUUCGCGUACAAGAUACUCAAUGAAAUGGCAUUACAAUGUGAGCGAAUACACGCACUCAUGUUCGAAGGGUUGCAAUUCGUACAAGAUGAACAUAAUAGGCAACUCAAAGUACAAGCACAGCAUGCACAACAGAAGGUACACAGAGUUGCCUAUCUUGAAAAGUUUCAGGACUUGACUCAAAUACAUCUGGAGAUUUGUCAAUGUGCAAAGAAAGCGAAUAAUUUAUUUGGUGCACCGAUUAUGUCACUGUUUAUUUUGGAUUUUGCAGUGGUAACUCUCACAUUGUACGACGUGUGUAAUGGUAUUGUCGAUUUAGAUUUAACUACUUAUGAUCAACUACAAUUGCUUAUGAUUCUUGGGAAUUGUCUGCAGAUUGUGAUAAUAUUCGCUAGAAUAAUUAUUUCUAUUUAUUCAUGGACACAUCUAGAUAAAAAGUUGAAAGAAACAGUACUCAACGUUCAUAAACUCUGGAACAUCUUAUCGAUUAAUAAUCAAAUCGGGAAGUGGGCCGGAUGCAUUCAGUUGACGACGAUACAACUGUCAAACGCGAUUCCGCAGUUCAGCGCGUCCGGCAUAGUCGAUAUCGAUUGGCCGGCCAUCAUUUCGAUUAUAUCGGCCGCAUCCACAUACGUGGUGAUAUUAAUACAAUUCGGUUCGAUUAAGCGCCAUAUUGUGAGUGGUGAAGCUGGUGGAGGCGCGCCGCCAUCACAAACAAUAUUAUUCCCUGCAUAAACAAGCAACAAAAAAUUUUAUAUACAAUUUUAUUUCAUCAAUGCGUUUCUACGUGCAAGCAUUCGUGUGCCCAAUACUCUUCAUUCAAGUAUCAAUAACCACAACACUCUUCCGUGGCCAGUACCUCUCCGCAUUUGAAAUUCUACGCGAGAACGACGCGAAACUAAAACUAAUCGAAG